CUGUCUGGUGUUACCGAUGCUGUUUACUGGUGUACCCGGAAAGGGUCGAUUUUGUACCCAGAAAUGGUCAUAUAGUCCCGGCGCCGACGACUCUAAAACCCGCAGGAAAAAACGUAUACCGCACAUACCCGCACGACACACCAUACACCGCACAUACCCCACAGUAGCCACACAAAACCACCAACGCUUGUUGACGGGCACAAUGCCUCCAAGGAUAUCAAUCUCCGACAGCCUCCUCCUCCGUAGAUGGCGGCGAAAAUACAACCGCCGUGCCCGGCCCCCGGAGGCAGGUCCUAACCACACACAAACACACCUCACCCGCGCGCCACACGGCGGUCAUCAUGCUGGGGAGUGGCAAACAUUGCAAACAUUACAAAGACGCGAAAGCCUUAAGGCUAGAUGUGGCGGCCAUGUUGUCGGCAGCUGGUCGUAGCUUUCAUUCCGGGAAGGGAGGCGACAGGCAGAAGAAGUACAUUUGCAAUGGCGCCGCAGGAGGAUGCCAGGUGACCGUGCGCGCCUGCAGGCAGAGGUCGAGAGAGUUCAAGGUGACGUUCUUCAUCCCGGGACACAACGACUGCUCUGGCGGCGAGGUCGGAGCGAUAGCAGCUGCGCUCGAGGGCUUCGCCAGUGCCAACAUGGUCAGCACCCUGACCAUGAAGGGCACCGACCUCAAGAGGAGCCUGGAGCAGAGCACAGGACUCAGGGUCAGCUACAGCACGGCGUCACGCCUGAAGGUCGCGGCUGCAAGGGCAUCGAACGAGCAACUGGAGCACGGGUACCGCAUCAUGGACUCGUACUGCAAGGAGCUGGUGAAGGACUGUCCGGGAUCGGUUGCGGUGGUGGAGAGGGAGACUACCGGCAGGUUCCGCAGUGUUUUCGUCAUGCUCCGGCGUGCUGCUCACGCUGCGGUGCGAAGCCCGAUGAAGGUCGUGGGGAUGGAUGGGGGACAUCUCAAGGGAGAGUGGAACGGGAUGAUGCUGACGCUGACGUGCAAGGACGCUAACAACGAGAACAUCCACGUCGCGGCGGUGAUCGGACCCAAGGAGGACACCUCCCUCUACAAUACUUUGCUGCGCAACUGCAAGAAGAACCCGAAGAUGAGGGACCUGCUGGAAGACUCAAAAACAACCUUCUUCACGGACCAGCACAAGGAGGCGACCUGUGCGCUGCGGGGCGAGGCCCCGCUGGCGCAGCACCGGCACUGCUUGAGGCACCUCAUCCUGAACAUAGAGGAGAAGAUUGGCAGCAAGAUGCUGAGGUUGGAAGAGCACGAGCUAAGGUACGAGCGGAGAGCUGGCGAGGGGAAGGAAGAGAUGAGGCACGCCCUCGUCGCUGCCGGCGUGGGCCGGGGCGGCGAGGCGGGGAAACCAGCCGCUGCAGGAUCGGAGCAAGGCGGACAUCGACUCCAGCAACCACAAAGGUCGGUGCAGCCACAUCAGCAGCAACCAUCGCACUACUGCCAGCUCCACGGCCCCAACAGCACCCACGAGACCUCCGAAUGUCACAAGUUACUCAACGAAUUCCUCGCCCACUACAACGAGUUCUGCGCGUACAUGAGCGGGAGGCGGGAGGCCCAGGGAUCGGUCUUCCCUCGAGGCGGAGCCCAAGACUCGGGGGGGAUGGUGGGCGGCCGUGGUGGUGAUUAUCCGCCGCCCAACGUUCCUCCCGCCCAGAUUGCUAACGUACCGCGGCCCUUUUUUCCGGCUCAUUUCGCCAUCGGAGGUGGAGAACCAUCAGGCGGCGACAUCACCUCGGGAUGGGAGGCCACGUCGGCGCCCGGAUCUACACCCAGCUGGACCCCACCACCUCCUGAGGCAGGCUACGGAUACGGGCUCGCGGCUCACGGAGUGGACCAUGGCGGAGGUCCCUACGGCAGCGCCGCCGGCGGGGGACACGGUUUCCACCCAUUCCCCGACGGCGGAGGGCUCUACCAGCAGCAAGAAGUGAGCAACGUACCACACUAUCCUUCUGCUGCCGGACCGGACGCCCAACAACCGCGAGUCUACGAGGCCUUUGACACCUCGCAGCAGCAUGAGCAGCAGCAGCACUACGGUGCACCCCAGACGACCUCUUCCUCCUCCUCACUCUCUCCAGCCCCAGGCGACGCUCUACGUCCAGCCGGCGAUCCCCCCCUGCAUCUCUUCGUGGCACGUGGCGUGUGCCCUCGAGGCAAGUCUGAGAUUGGUUUUGAGAAGGAUGUUGGUUUUUCGAAGUCUGACGUGUUCACGAGUGCGGAGUCUCAUGUGUCAAUGCCUGGUGUUCCCCGCGUGCCUGCUGUGCAUGAACGUUCUGAUGAUGAGUUCGGUGUCAUGAAGUUUGGUGUGUCCUCAUGAUGUACCCCGCGUGCCCGCUGCACUUGAGAGUCCUGAUGAAGUGAACGGCGUUCCGGAGUGUGAU